GGAAGACGGAAGACGUUGACGUCACCACUGAAGUCUGCUCUUAGGUCAGUCAGCAAUGGAGCGACCGGGAUUGACUGAAGAGGCAGGUGGAGGGGUAGGCGAGAUGGUGGCAUCUCGUGGUCAGCGUGGAGAAGGCGUCCUUGCGCAGGGAACAACGCACGUGGAGCUUCUACAGGAGACAGGUUUAUCCGAGAAUCUUCAACGGCAAGCAGAUGAAUGGGUGGCCGAGCUGGAAGACACGCAACAGCAUAUGCAACAGAUUGUUGGAGCCUUGGCCUCCGUGGCCCAGGCUGGGUCGGUGGUGGAUUGGGGGGGAUCUACCAUGACCACAUGGCUGGAGGAUAAGUACCGACAACUGUCAACUAUCCUCUGGCAGAUUCUCGAGGAUCCAGCACCGGAGCUUUUUCUAGACUGGCAGCUGGCUGGCACACUGAUAACCAAUUGUAACAUGAUUUUCAGCCAGGGAGUAGAUUACUACGAUCAGUUGAAGGAGAGGCUGUCGAUUGAAACAUCUACAAUAGGGAUAACCGUUUCAACAACAGUGACGGCGCGUACGACUAUGAUUUCAGCGACAGCGACAAGCAUCAAUGACAUCAACCACAACAGUGCCUGCGAUGACGCCAUCUGCAGUGGCGUCGAUUACAUCAACAACAUCACCAACGGUGAUUUCAUCAACCAUCAACACGACAGCGUCGACCUCACCACUUGCAUCUGCAGCAGUGUCAGUUACGUCUCUACCAUCACCGACAUUAGUAACGAAUGCGUCGUCUCAAAUAACGGCAACAAGGUUUGCGGACGCAACUACUCACAAGACUGCUGGUUGCAACAACAAUAACAACAACAAAAAUAACGAUAAUAU